AAACUGGAGAUUGCUGGCAUGGUGGUGGGCCAGUGGGCCGGAAGCAAACCGUCCCGGGGCCAAGGCUCCUUCGGCAUGCAGGUGGUGUCAGUGGGAGGCCCAGGGAGAGGCCGUGGCCGCGAUAACUCUGGGAAGCUCUCCAAAGGAAACAAGAAAGUCAACAAGCAAGGCUCUACCGACGGAGCAGCAAAGACGCCGGAGUUCAACAGCGGCAGCAGCCUCCCGCAGUCCCAGGUGAACGGGAAUGGGGGCACCACCACUACUGUGGGCGAGGACCCAGGACUCGGGGCCUGCCCCUCAACCACCUCACCGUGUGCCUUAGCCAGAGACGCGGACUCGUGCAAUAACAAUAGCCCGUUCUUCGGGACGCUGAGCGGGGACCCCGAACGGGGCCUGGAAAACAAGCUUCCGUUCCCAGCUCUGCAGAAAGAGGAGUGAACAGCUGCCGCCGUGGGUCCAGUUGGGGUGGUGACAGAAAGGGCGUGGUGGGAGAGGGAGAAAGUUAUGGCACCGUCGGCAAGGGGUGGGAGGUGGGCGUGGCGUUUGAGCAAGAAUUUGGAAGCACCAAGAGGAGUGGGUUUCACUGGGGGAGGGAUUGAGGGAGCACUUCCUCGAUGGCACUUAAAGGGGCCGGGGGGGGCUGACCCACUGCAAAAUAGGGGGUGUCCUCAAGGCGCACCACAAGGUGGAAAACAACUUUCUUGUAUCCCACUCCGGGUGACCACUUCUUUUGUCUCGCCCCUCGGAUUUGCUAUCGUGCCAAUCGGAUCCACAAGAGCGGCAAUUUUU